AUUCCGAUUCUUUUGAAAACAACCCAAGUCUAAGCUUGCAUUUGAAUUCAGUCCAUCGACCGUCGACUUCCACUGCCAUCAGCUGCUGCUCAUUCGCAUUCACUCCUCCAUCUCGAUCCAAUUCACACACUCGUAAUUCAUUCAUCUUUCCAUGGAGUACAGAAGAAUCAAAGAUCAGGAUAAGGAUGGGGAUCCUGCCCAUCAAGAUGUUGAGAGCUUACGUGGCAAAGAUCUUUUGGAUGUUCCUCCACCUUUUGAUAAAACAAAGUGGAAAAGGAAGUCUGCCGUUACACUAGCAUUAACUUUUCUUACCAGCUCCCAAGCUAUACUUAUUGUCUGGUCCAAAAGAGCUGGAAGAUACGAGUACAGUGUCACAACCGCUAACUUUUUGGUUGAGGCUUUGAAAUGUGCACUAUCCCUUGCUGCCUUGGCUAGAAUAUGGAGAACUGAAGGUGUGACCGAUGAUAACAGGUUAAGUACAACAGUGGAUGAAGUUAGUGUUUACCCCAUCCCUGCAGCACUUUACCUUGUUAAGAAUUUGCUCCAGUAUUAUAUCUUUGCGUAUGUGGAUGCUCCAGGGUAUCAGAUACUGAAAAACCUGAAUAUUAUCAGCACUGGUGUGUUGUACCGCAUAAUUCUCAAGAAGAAGUUAAGCGAGAUUCAGUGGGCUGCUUUCAUUUUACUUUGUGCGGGGUGCACAACGGCACAACUUAAUCCUUCUUCUGAUCAUGUUCUUCAGACACCUUUCAUAGGCUGGUUGAUGGCCAUUAUCAUGGCACUUCUAAGCGGUUUUGCUGGAGUGUACACAGAGGCUAUAAUAAAAAAACGACCUUCCAGGAACAUAAAUGUGCAGAACUUCUGGUUAUAUGUCUUUGGGAUGGCCUUCAACGUUGUUGCUAUACUGAUCCAAGAUUUUGAUGCUGUUGUGAACAAGGGAUUCUUCCAUGGAUAUUCACUAAUUACGGUUCUCAUGAUUAUCAAUCAUGCCCUAAGCGGGAUCGCUGUGUCUAUGGUGAUGAAGUAUGCUGACAAUAUUGUGAAGGUGUAUUCGACUUCUGUAGCAAUGCUAGUAACCGCAGUUGUCUCGGUGUUUCUGUUCAAUUUUCAUCUAUCCCUGGCUUUCUUCCUCGGAUCCACUGUUGUUUCAGUUUCCAUAUAUUUGCAUUCAAUUGGAAAGCUGCAGAGAUGAUGAAAUACACACACUGCCUCCCUUUUUUAGAAACAGAAUUUAUUGGAUUCAUUUUACAUGUAUUUUGAUUCCAACAUCUGCUGUAAGUCUUUAGAACCAUAUUAUUACGUAAGGACUUCACUGUCUAUUUCCUUUGUUAUAUAAAAUGUGUAUGUUUUUUGUUUGAA